AUGGGUUUGACCGCGGGCGACUUCGAAGCUCGCGUCGCACCGCUCCGCUCGCUGGAUCCGAAGAAGCUCGCGCGCGAGCGCUCCAAGCUUGUCCUCGCGCACGGCCAGUUCCUCGCCCAAUUUGCGACGCGGGCGCUGGAGGCGCUUCCCAAGGACGUGCGAAGCGGCGCCGCCUCGCCCGCAGCGCAGACCCUGCGGCUCGCCUCCUGCGCGCGCGAGGCGGCGCAGCUCAUUCUGACGCUGCGAGCCUUCCCUUCGCCCACGCCGGAGAAGCUCUGCUACAACGUCGCGUCCCGCUGCCUGGCACUCGGCGAGGUGCGGCCGGCAGCCGCACUCGCGCUCGAGCUGGUCGCGGCGCUCCGCAAGGCCGCCAGCAAGAGCGCCGCAGCCAAGCGCGCGCAGGCGACGCCGGCGCUCGCCGAUGCGUGCUCUGAUGGACCGCCAGAUUCGCACGCGCCGCUCGGCGGCGAGGGGAGCGAGGCGUGUGUCCUUGCGGCGAGUGCGCUCGGGCUGCACCUGAGGGCGCUCGAGCUGCUGAGCCGUGCAGAGCCCUCCGCCGAGGAGGAAGAGGCGCCAACGCAGCGGAUGCUCCGGGCCGUGCCGCUCGCGCUGAGCUGGCUCGAGCGGCUGCGUGCGGCCGACGGCCUGAGCGAGCGCAGGGAGAACGCGCCGAAGCGUCAGAGCGAGGCGGCCACGCAUGCGGCGGAGCGGGUGCUGCCUGCCCUGACUGCGACGCUGGCCGCGCUGCGCAAGGCGGGCGCCGCCGAGCCGCGCCGGCUGGAGGCGUGGCACACAGCGGCGGCGGCGCUGCGCGCGGCGGCGGCCAAGCCCGCCUCCAAGCCAGCCUCGCGGCCGGCCGUCUUCAGCGGCCUCGGGCCGAAGCAGGCGGCGGUGCUGGUGGCCGCCGCGAAGCUGCGCUUUGCAUACGACGGCGCGGUCGGCGCGAGCGAUGCGGACGCCGGCUCCCUCUCGGGGGACUGCCUCUCGGGGGACUGUCUCUCUGGGGACUGUCUCUCUGGGGACUGCCUCUCUGGGGACUGGCUGGCCGCCAAGCUCUUCAACGCCUCGCAGCCCCGCCGCGCCGCUUGCCUGGCCGGCUGCUGCGUCGAGCAGCUGCGGCGCGCGGCCGGCGGAGGGGCGGAGGAGGCGGCGCUCCUCUGCAGCGCGCAUCAGAUCGGGGCGCACAGCGGGCUCCAGGCGAAGCCACCCGCCCCACUCGAGGCGAGGAGGCACGUGCUCGCUGCCAUUCAGAUCCGCUGCGCCGCACUCGAUGAGGAGGGCGGAGGAGCGGAGGGCGGAGGAGGAGCGGGCGCGGCAGCGAGCCGGCCGAGCGUGCGCGACUUGUGCGCGCUGCACGUCAGCUGCCUCGUCCGCGGCGUGUCCGAGGGCGUGCUCUCCGACGACGGCGCGGAGCUCGACCACGUCGUGUGGGCGCUCCCUCCGCCCGCCCGCCGGCUGGUUGUGCGUCUCGAGCUCGAGGAGACGGCGCAGCAGCUCGGCCGGCUGCGCGAGGCCGCCGCCGCGCGCUACCUGCACCGGUACGCCGAGGCGGCGGGGAGGAGGCUGCUGGAGCUGCUCCCGGCGGGGGAGGACGCCCAUGGCCGAGCCCAGCUCCUGCUGCGGCUGGCCGAGGUCUCGCGCCUCUUCGCGUCGCACUUCGCGCAAGAGGCGGCGGCGGCAGACGCGGCCGCGGGGGGGGCUGAGCUGGCGGCCCGGUCCGCGGCGCUCGAGAGGGCUGGCGAGGACGCGCGAGAGGGCUUGGCGCUGCUCGGGUCGCCAGCCGCCUCGAGCGGGCCUGGCGGCGGAGAGAGCAGCAAGGAGGGCUCGCGCGGAGAGAGCAGCGGGGAGGCCUCCCGGCUGGGUGCGGACGAGGCUGGGUUGCGCCUCGCCGACGUCAAGGAGCUCAAGGUCAAGGAGCUCAAGGAGGAGCUGCAGCGGCGGGGGCUCUCGGCGAGCGGCAAGAAGCAGCAGCUCGUCGACCGGCUCACCGAGGCGCUGCAGCAGCAACACGCGCCGCCCACCGCCUCCAGCCCGGCAUCCGCUCUGCCGGCGGGGGCCUGCCUUCUCGCCUCGCCUCCCGCCUCGCCUCCCACCUCUGCCGAGGGGCUCGACUUGCAGGCACGCCUCUUCCUCCUCCUCGCCGGGACGACGCUCGACUUGGCGGCGCGCGGGCCGGCUUGCGAGGUCGCGGGCGAGCCUGCCGCCGCGGCGGAGCCCGACUUUGUAGCGCUCGACGCAGCGAGGCAGCACUGCGCCCGCGCCGCUCAGAGCUGGCAGCGCCUCGCCGCCGACCGUCUCUGCUGGCGGCUGAUGGCCUCGUUCGACGCGCUGAGGAUGGCACGGCUCGCGGUGGCCGCGGCGGCGGCUUGCUCCUCCCCUGAGGAGGCGUCGGCUCGGCGGUGGUGUGCGACGCUGCUGGCAGACAUGCACGCGCCGUGGCCCAGCGUCGAUGCGGCGCUCUCGUCGGAGAGCGGCGCGCCGCCGUGCGUGCGCGACGCUCUGGCGGCCGAGGCGGAGCUGGCGGGUGCUGCGAGCCUGCGCGGGGCCGGGUCCAGUCUGGCGCGUGCGGAGCGCGCUCUGACGGCGCAGGCGGAUCGCCGCGGCAAGGGCGACCCGCUCCUUCUCAGCCGCUGCCAGAGCGCUCUCUCGCGGAGCCUCCUCGCCUCCGGCGCCUUCCCGCUGGCCGCGCGCCACGCAGAGCAGGCCCUGCUGCGGGCCAAGCAGCCGAGGAGCGCGGCGCACGACGGCGACGCGGCGAGCUCAACCUGCCGCGCGUUGCUCGCGCUGGCCGAGAUGUGGCGCGCUCGGGGGAGCUACGCCGAUGCGCACAAGUACGCGGCGAGCGCUUGCUCGCUGUCGGCGCAGUCGCGGCAGGCGGCGCUGCUCUUUGAGAGCCGGCUCGCGCAGCUGCGGCUGCAGUGCGACGGGAUGCGCUUCGAGGAGGCGGCCGAGACGGCAUCGUCGGUCGAGGCGCUCCUGCGCGGCAUGCGCGCUCUCGAGGCGGCGGGGGGGCGGCCUCCUGCGGUGACCGAGCUCGGCGAGGCGCGCCUCCAGCUGGUGCAGGGCGAGCUGCUGCUCGCGCGGGAGGGGGCGGGGGCGGCGCAGGCUUCGCUCAACGCGUGCGAGGCGGGGCUGCGGCUGCUGGCCGCGCUGCCCUCGCAGUUGGGGGCGGUGCUGGAGGGCGCCGAGGGGCAGGCCGACAGCGCGGCUGUGCCCCCGCUUGGGGUCGCUCUCUUGCUCGAGGCGGGGCUCUGUACGCGGGCGGGCGAGGCGGCGUGCACGCUCGGCGACCUCGGCCGCGCCCGGGCCUUUGUCGACCAGUCGGUGGAGUCCUGCCGCGGCCUGCGCGGGACGGUGAUGCCUUGCCAGCCGAGUCUCGUGGGCGAUGUGGAGCUGGCGCGCGCAUUGCUCGUCUCGGCCGAGCUGCGCUUGCUCGCGCGGGGCGACAGUGGGGGCGACAGUGGGGGCGCGGAUCUGCGCGCGGCGUCGUGCGAGCUGUCGUCCGCCCUGCGACUCUGCGCCGCCCUCUCCCCUCCCGCGCUCAUGCGGCGGGUGUGCGUCGCAUUGGCGGCGUGCUGCACCGGGUCGCACGCGCAGGCGGGCGCCGAUUUGCUCGCCGGCUCGAGUGGCGUCGCGCUGCGGCGCCAGCUGCACUUGUUGGACGGCCGCGCGCGAGUGUCGCUCGAGCCCGCACCGCCGCUGGGCGAGGAGGGAGGUUGCGCGGUGCCGUCGCUGCCCUGGCCCGUCGGCUUCGAGGAGUGGGUGCGGGCUGCGCCUGCGGGCUACAGCGCGUGCGCUCUCGCAGUCGCACCGGGCGGGCGAGGCCUGCUGCUCGGCAGCUGGCGCACCGGGCGGCCAGCCGUGGGGGAGGGGCGCGGCGCCAUCGUGCUUGGCCGGGAUUGCCCCACCGUCGUGCUCGGCCGGGCUCAGGAAGGCGGCGGGCGGAUCGACCUCGACGAGGUGAGCUCCUCGCACUGCAAGCUGACGCUGAGCGAGAGCGGCACCCUCUCCCUCACCGACCUCUCCACCAACGGGACGUACGUCGACGGGGUCCGGCCGAAGCGCGACCGCCGCACCGUCGAGCUGCGCGACGGGAGCCGUGUCACGCUCGUCAGCAAGACCGCGCAGGACUGCCGGGACCGCUUCGGCCCGCUCGCGCCCAGCUAUGUGGUGCGCCUCGCGGCGAGCACCCCGCCCGAGAGGCGGCAGGCGGACGCGGACGCGGACGCGGAGGCUACGGCGCGCGAGCGGCUCGAGCGGUCGCUGUACUGGUCGAGCCGCGAGCAGCUCGACUCGCGGAUGCGCGAGCUGACCGCGCGGCUCGAGGACGCGCUCGGCCCCGCGGCGCUGCUGCUGCUCGCCUUGCCGGCCUGCCCGGAGGCGCGGUCUGCGGCGGAGGCGCUCGGCGAGAGCAUCGUCGAGCAGGCCGGCCGGCUGGGCUGGCAGUGCGACGAGGCGCUGCUCCGCGCCGCCGCCGAGGCGUCUCCGUGGCUCACGGACGAGCGGCUGCACCGCGCCCUCCUCGGGCUCGUCCGGAAGGGCGGCAAGCCGGUGGCUGCCGCGGCGCUCCGCGCGGCGUCGCUCGCUUCGCUGCCGUGGGAGUGCAUCCCGUCGCUCGUCGAGCAGCCUGUGGCGCGGCUGCCGUGCGCCGCGUACGUCGACCGUUGCGUGGCGGCGGCGGACGCCCGGGGCGGGAGCGUCGCCUCCUCGGACGCGUACUACCUCCUCAACCCGAGCGGCGACCUGCAGCGGACGCAGGCGGCGUUUGAGGAGCGGUUCGCGAGGCCGCCGUGGGAGGGCGUGGUGGGUGAGCCACCCGCGGAGGAGGCGCUCCGCUCGGCGCUCGAGCGGAAGGACCUCUUCGUGUAUUGCGGCCACGGCGACGGCAGCCGCUUCAUCUCUGCCGACAGCCUGCACCGGCUCCCUCGCUGCUCGGUGUCCGUCCUGAUGGGCUGCAGCUCCGGGGCGCUCAAGCGGGUCGGCGGGCUGGCGCCCUCGGGCAUGGCGCUCAGCUGCUUGAACGCGCGCUCGCCCGCCGUCGUCGCCAACCUGUGGGACGUGACCGACGGCGAGAGCGACCGCUUCUGCCGCGCGCUCAUGGACAGCUUCGAGCGGGGCGGAUGCCUCCUCACCGCCGUGGCGAGCGCGCGCCGUGCGUGUCGGCUCCGCUACCUCACAGGGGCCGCGGCGGUGUGCUACGGCGCUCCGAUCACGGUGGAGCCGAGGGGAGGAGCGGAGGCGUGACCGGCUGGACGGCUGGACGCAGAGAGAGCGCGAGCGCAACUUGAAGAGAGAGGACAGCGCGUGUACGUGUGAGCCGCUGGAGGACCGGGUCGACCGUCUGUGGGCCUCGACUUCGAGAGGGAGAGUAGGGAGCUGCUGGGAGAGAGCGCUCUUGUUCCGUACACGGUGUGUGUCGCGCUCGCCCUGGGAGGAAGCGGGCGGCUGUCGUGUGUUCUCCCCCCCUGCGUUUCUGGGCCCGAGAGCCUUUUCGUCGUGUAUUGAUUGUGAGAUACUGGGGUUGAGAUUACGUGUGCAUUUCGAUGG